UUGCAAUAUAUUGUGAGUGUGAAGAAUGAUGUAAUGAACUGUUAAUCUAUUCCCAGAAUUACCCUCAUGCGAGUUCCAUUUGGAUUCUUCCCAUACCUCUGGAGCUUCAUCUCCUUCCUUCCUUUCUUCCUCUUGCUUCUCCUUCUUGGUCUUCUUAAAGCUGCAAUCGUUGCCCCUAUUUCUGCCGCCAUCAUUGUCAUUUGUAACUCAUCUGUCAUUCUUGGCCUUUUUCCUGCACAUUUUUUCUGGACUUUCUUCUGCUUUGCUAGAACCAAGAAGUUGGGCAUAAUUCUUAAGACUGUGGUUCUGGUUUUCUUGCCCCUGCCACUUAUCCUUUGGCCAGUUGUUGGCAUUGUUGGAAGCUUACUUGGUGGAAUUGGAUAUGGGUUUUUCGUUCCUCUUAUUGCAACUUUUGAGGCUGUUGGAGCCGGCGUUACUGAUAAACUUUAUCACUGUCUUGCUGAUGGUUGUUUGUCCACAAUUAAAGCAAGCUGCUUAAUUGUGAUGGAUUUUACAGAUUUCUGCUUCAAUUCUUACUUUUCAUACAUGGAUGAACUGGGUGAGUUAAUGCACAGUGAUGAGAAACCCAUGGAAGUGAAGCUAUCAAGACUUCCAUGUUGUUUAUUGGCCAGUUUGAUUGGUGUUCCAGUUGAUUUUAUUUUUAUUACAUUAGUUGCCCUAUGGAGAAGUCCUUACAUGUUAUUCAAAGGAUGGAAGAGGCUGUUGGAAGAUUUGGUUGGUAGAGAAGGACCAUUCUUGGAGGCAGUAUGUGUUCCAUUUGCUGGUCUUGCCAUUAUCUUAUGGCCCUUGGCUGUUGUCGGAGCGGUGAUAAGUGCCAUCAUCUCUAGCUUAUUUUUGGGGCUCUAUGCUGGAGUUAUUGUUCAUCAGGAAGACUCGUUUCAGUUGGGAAUUGCUUAUGUCUUGUCAGUAGUCUCAAUGUUUGAUGAGUAUGUGAAUGAUCUACUCUACUUGCGGGAGGGAUCUUGUAUUCCCAGGCCAAAAUAUCGUAGAAACACGAGCUCAGACCUCAAGAGGGAGCAUCGUAGUGAUAACAAAAAUGAUGCUAGAAGUAUGAAAAAUGGUGAAAACAAUCAUAAACUUGUCUCAGAACAGUCAAGGACAUUGAAAUGGGUGAUCCAACAUUACAAACCCGUCCUGGUUUGGGAUUGGCUGUUUAUGUCUUGUGAAGUCAAUGGUCGAUUACUUCUCCAAGAUGGUCUGAUAACGACAGAAGACAUUGAGGAAUGCAUUCUAAAGGGAAACUGUAAGAAGUUAAGCAUCAAGUUACCAGCAUGGUGUAUAUUACAGUGCUUGCUUUCCUCGGCAAAGUCCAACUCCCCUGGGUUAGUCAUCUCCAAUAAUGUAGAGCUGACAAGGACAAAUUUGCCAAGGGACACAAUGUUCGAAUGGUUUCUUGGGCCAUUGUUACUUAUGAAGGAGCAAAUAAAGAGACUACAUUUAGAAGAAAAUGAAGAAAUAUGCUUGAGAAUAUUGAUUAUGAAAUGCAGAAAUGAAAAACCGGAGGAUUGGGACAACUUUGGCUUUCCUUCCAACAACACAGUCAGGAGAGCGCAGUUGCAAGCCAUAUUUAGAAGAUUGCAGGGUAUUGUCAAUUCAGUGUCACGAAUUCCAUCUUUUCGACGUCGAUUUAGAAGCUUGAUCAAGGUAUUAUAUGUUGAAGCCCUCCAGAAGGGCAGUUCAGCAGAUGCUACGAGAAUUAGAAAUGGUAGCAAGCCCUUAGGAAACCUUAGAGAUGGAAGAAAUGGGGAAGAGGAAACAGCGAACACAAUACAAAAACCUCCAAACACUACUGAUGAUGUAGUAUGAAACUUGUUGGUGUUAUUUUUUUGCUGCUAUCUCUUUUAUUACAGAGUAGUUGAAUGAGAUGGUAACAGCUCUGGGUUUAGUGCAUCAAAUGAUAAUGCUAAUACUUGGACAACUGAGUUUUCUUUGGUCGGGUUCUCAGUAGUUAGUAAUGGUUGUUUUAGUAUGUUAGAAUAGUAAUUCAAAAUAGAAGGUGUUCAUAACAAAAGUUAGGGAGAGGAUGGUUUAUUUUGAUUAUCUUAUUUAUUUCAAUCCCUUAUUAUCAAAGAGGGCUUAUGUAGUGGAGUUCAGUAUGAACAACAACGGCAUCAGAGUGCUACAAAUAAAAUGCUAUUAAUAUAACAGAUGUUUAUUUGAUACUAAUAUAAUAGAUAUGUUUACUUCGUGGAGUUAA